AUGUUACUUGCAUCCUCCGCACGCUCAGUCGUCGCCACCCCCGGCCUGGGCCGCCGUGCAGCCUCUGUCAUUGCCGGAAAAUACUCCAAGGCGGUCUUUGGCGCUGCCCUUGCCAAGUCACCAGCGACCCUCACCAAAGUCCACACCGAGCUCGCGGGCGUGUCCAACUCUAUCAAGACUCGGCCGGAAGUUGAUGGGUUCGUCCACAACCCAACACUGUCUUUGCAAGAGCGCAAGAAGGGUUUAGAGUCGCUCUUCUCGAAAUUGGAGGGAACCGGACCCAAAAAGGAACAGGUUUCGGAAAUUACCAAAAACUUGCUGUCAGUGUUGUCGGAGAACGGGAGAUUGGGAGAGACACAGGCCGUCAUUGAAGGGUUCAACGAGCUCGUUUCGCAGUACAAGGGAGAAUUGACCGUCACUGUCACGUCCGCUACGCCUCUGACAAAGGACGUCCUUACUCGUCUGGAGACGACACUAAAGCAAUCGCAAACCGCCCAGGCUGCCAAGGUGCUCAAGAUCACCAACAAGGUAAACCCCGCGGUGUUGGGUGGUCUGAUUGUUGACUUCGGAGACAAAACCAUCGACUUGAGUGUACAAUCGCGUGUGACCAAGUUAAACAAUGCUCUUACGCAAUCGGUCUAA